AUGCUAAGGCCUAGUCUUUCCAGAAGAUGGCGAAUCGGCAACAUUCGAUUGACUAGUUCCGUCAGCGACCAAGGAGCGGAGCUGGCUGUCAGUAUUCCAAAGGGGACAAGAUUAUCAAAAGCGAUUCCACGUGUUUUGUCGAAUUUGGAAGAAAUCGACGGAAACAAAGUCAGACUUGGAAAAGACAUUUCUCAACGAGUCAUCGAAGAUAUUGAAUACGGAAUCGAGAAGAUUAAUAAAUCUGGCUCUGAAGCAAUGAAGGAAAACACGGUCCGCGAGAUGGAACUAUUGAUGAACUCGAUCGAGCGUCUCCAGUCGAACCAGUAUGCAGUCGAUUACGCACGAGACACGGACAUUCUCGUCGAGCGACAGAGAAAUUUCACUGAAAAUUUAAAAACGCCCACGAGAUUGAAUCUGACCUACCAGAGUUUCUAUGGCAUGUCGUUGAAGGAAUUCAACAGCUUAUCGCCAGAUGAACAGAAAAAUAUCACAAAGGCCUUUUUGGACAACGAACAGGAGUACAUCAACAGUGCGAGGGCCAUUUCUUUACAAAGGGGGCACAAGCGAAGUAAAUUUAUGCAGAUGAAACAAGCAAUAGACUCAUUUCGAGCACGCGAAAAGAGUAAAAAAGAUCUGAAAGCGAAAAUAAGAGCCGGUGAAUUCAGUCAAGCUACAGAGCUCCAGCGAGAAUACGUCGACUCAGAGCUUCAUUUGGAUCCGCCGACAGAAACAGUGGACACUUCCAUUCCCACAAUUUACAAAUCUGAUAGCGUUCGCGAUGCAAAGGGCAAGGAGUGGGACACCACAUCCACCGUCCGCCGUGCUGUUUACUAUUCUCUUUUCCUAGCGAUAAUGGGUUUAAUUUCUUCAAUUCUUUACCAAGAUUAUACUCGUCAAAGUGACGACGGGGGCUUUCAAGGCGUUUAUAUUAACAACAAGCGCGUUCUCUAA